AUGAAUCAAUAUGCUCUUGGCUACUCCAAGCCUAUUUCCUCCCCCCAAAUCUCUUCAAGUCAUCCCACCAGUGCCUUGAGUUCCCGUAAGCAAUAUAGCUCUGCCCCCGGCAGCUCUGGGGCUCAGUUUGGGGCCACUACUGGUUUGCUCUCACAGGGAGUGAGCAGCUCUUACAGCAGUUCUGUUCAGUCUCAAGCUGGUCCAUCUACUACCGUUCAGGGUUCUCAGAAGCAGCUUCCCUCUUCCUACACGGGCAGCUCUGGCACUCAGGCAGGAUCCUCUAACCCCUUCACUCUGCAUGGAAGCACUGCUUAUGGUGGAUCUCGUCAGCCUCAGGGUACCACAAGUCAGUCUGCCCCUGGGCCUCCAUCCUCAUAUCCUGGUUUAUCCUUGUCCUCACGCCAAGGUGUUGCCAGUAAAUCUAGUUCACAGAAGCGGUUUACUUUUACCUUUAUGGGCAGAACUGGCACCAAGGCAGGGUCCUCAACUCCUUUUAUCCUGCAUGGAAGCCCUGCUUAUGGUGGAUCACAUCAGCCUCAAGAUAUGGCAAGUCAGUCUGCCCCUGGACCUCAUUCCUCAUAUGCAAGUGUAUCGCUGUCCUCACCCCAAGCUGUUGCUGGUCCUGGUACUGCUCCGUUCACAGAAGCAGUUUAUCUCUACCUCCACAGGCAACUCUGGUAAACUGCUGUGACGCAAGUGUCUUUCAGAAUUGAAACCGAAGGAAAGGUUGGAAGGAAAGGGUUUAUUUAUUUUUUUAAUGUUCAUUUGACUUGCUGCUUACGCUUCCAACUCUUGUUCGUGUACUGGUUUUAGAUGCAGACUCUGAGGAGUCCUGCAGCAGAUAUUUUGUUGUGCACCUUGGUCUUGGCGCUUCAUGCUACAGUGCGUUGGUCUGCCGGAGUAAUAUAAUACUACUUUCAGCUCUGCUGCUGAGUUGAGCUGGAACAUUAAGUGGCAAGCUGUUUUAACAUUAAUGCUAUAAUGGCUCAGGUUGUGGAGUUGAGCAGACGGGUUUUCCUAUCGCGCGCUCUCUCGCUCGCUCUACUUCUCUGCUGCACUUUCAGCGCUGCUGUUGCUUUGAGGUGGAACAAAUCAGUGGGCGAGCUCACAUCUAGAGUAAAUUACUAUGGCAAGCUGUUUUACACCUAAUGCCAUAUUGAUUUAGGCUGCAGAGUAAGCAGGGUUUUUCUUGUCUCUGCUCCUGCACUGCAUUAAGGCACGUACAUUGAUUUGGCGCUUACACUUCCAACUCUUGUUCAUGUGACUGUUUUUAAGCGCAGACUCCACAGUUGACAUUUGCCAUGGGCUAUGGUUUUUGGUGCCUCAUGCUACCAAACACUAGUCUGCCCAGCUAAUAAUU